AUGGCGCCGCUCGUCGAUAACGCGCAGAUAUUGAGCGCCGAACUUCUGCGCCCGUUACCCCUGUACCAGCACGCCUAUGUCUGGCCGUUUGCCGUUAUCUGGCCCAUCUUCUUGCGAUACUACUUGACCCCCGAACUCUAUGAUCAAUACAUCCAGGCCUCGGAAUGGACCUUCGUCUGGGUCGGCACAAUCAUCACAUGCCAGACCCUAGUUUGGCUCUGCACCCACUGGAGUGUCAACCUCAACGCUACCUUCACCGCCAAGAAGGCACGCUCUGUUGAGGAUGCGUCGCUGAUCAAGGUGAUCCCGGCCGCGAAUGCCGGUUCGCCUGAUAUCUGCAAGCUGGUGCGCGACAAGGCCGGAGCCAAGACCAACCUCUCCUUCCUCUUCCAGAAGCGUCGGUUCCUCUACAAUCCCGAGUCAAAGACCUUUGGCACCCUUGUCUACGAUAUCGACGCCGAGCCGAAGUCAAAGCUCGAAAAAUUCCAGACCUCCAGGGGUAUCACGACUGCCGCCGAGCUGGAACGCCUCGAGCAGCACUAUGGCACCAACACGUUCGACAUCCCCGUCCCCACCUUCACCGAGCUCUUCAAGGAGCACGCCGUGGCACCCUUCUUCGUCUUCCAGAUCUUCUGCGUCGGGCUGUGGCUGCUGGACGAGUACUGGUACUAUUCGCUCUUCACCCUGUUCAUGCUCGUCAUGUUCGAGAGCACCGUCGUGUGGCAGCGCCAGCGUACCCUCAUCGAGUUCCGGAGCAUGAGCAUUAAGCCAUACAAUAUCUACGUCUAUCGCCUGGGCAAGUGGAUCGAAGUUCAGAGCGACAAGCUGCUGCCGGGUGACCUGGCGUCUGUUACGCGGACAAAGGAGGAUGGCGGUGUGGCCUGUGACAUGCUCUUGGUGGAGGGGACGGCCAUUGUCAAUGAGGCCAUGCUUUCUGGCGAGAGCACACCCCUUCUGAAGGAUUCCAUCCAGCUCCGUCCUGGCGAGGCCAUGAUCGACACUGACGGCUUGGACAAAAACUCGUUUUUGUGGGGCGGCACCAAGAUUCUCCAGAUCACCCAUGGCAAUGCCGAGGAGGAGAGGCCAAAGCUCGCCUCGGGCGUUCCCCCACCCCCCGACAACGGCGCUAUGGCUAUCGUUACCAAGACCGGAUUCGAGACUUCUCAGGGCAGCCUCGUGCGGACCAUGAUCUACUCGACAGAGCGCGUGUCGGCCAACAACGUCGAGGCCCUGCUCUUCAUCCUGUUCCUCCUCAUCUUCGCCCUGGCCGCGUCGUGGUAUGUUUGGGAUGAGGGUGUCCGCAAGGACCGCAAGCGCUCCAAGCUGCUACUGGACUGCAUCCUCAUCGUUACGAGCGUCGUCCCUCCCGAGCUGCCCAUGGAACUCAGCUUGGCCGUCAACACUAGUUUGGCCGCCCUCGCCAAGUUCGCCAUUUUCUGCACCGAGCCUUUCAGAAUCCCCUUCGCUGGUCGCAUCGAUGUGGCUUGCUUCGACAAGACCGGUACCCUGACUGGGGAGGACCUGGUUGUUGAGGGUAUUGCCGGCCUCGGCCUCGGUCACUCUGGCACGGAUACGCCCCAGGAUUCCGAUGGCGCCCACAGCCGCAUGACCCCGGUUCACGACGCCGGAAUGGAAACAACCCUGGUCCUCGCAUCCGCUCAUGCCCUAGUGAAACUUGACGAAGGUGACAUCGUGGGUGACCCGAUGGAGAAGGCCACACUUUCCGCCUUGGGUUGGAGCCUCGGGAAGAAUGACACCCUGACGAACAAGCCGGCUACUGCGGCAGCUGCUGGAACUAUGGGUACUGUUCAGGUUAAGCGUCGUUUCCAAUUCUCGUCCGCCCUCAAGCGCCAGAGCUCCGUUGCCACUAUCAAUGCUACCGACGCUAAGACUGGCCGGAAGCUGAGAGGCACGUUUGUCGCUGUCAAGGGUGCGCCCGAGACCAUCAUGAAGAUGCUGGUUACUAUCCCCAAGGAUUACGAGGAGACUUUCAAGUACUUCACCCGCCGCGGUUCCAGAGUUCUCGCCCUGGCUUAUAAGCACCUUACCACCGAGGGCGAGCUGGGUGCGAGCAGGAUUAACGACCUCAAGCGCGAGAAGGUCGAGGCUGAACUCCACUUUGCCGGUUUCCUCGUGCUCCAGUGCCCGCUCAAGGACGACGCCAAGGAGGCUGUCCGGAUGCUCAACGAAAGCAGCCACCGUGUGGUUAUGAUCACCGGUGACAACCCGCUCACCGCCGUCCACGUCGCCAGAGAGGUCGAGAUUGUUGAUCGUGAUGUUCUCAUCUUGGAUGCCCCUGAACACAGCGCGCACGGAGAGGAAUCGCUCGUCUGGCGUAGCGUUGAUGACAAGGUCCGGAUCGAUGUCGACCCCACUCUGCCCAUCGACCCCGACAUCAUCAAGAACAAGGAUCUCUGUGUUACUGGCUAUGCGCUCAAGAAGUUCCAGGGCCAGGUCGGUUGGAAGUCGCUUCUUCGCUACACGUGGGUGUAUGCCCGCGUCUCGCCCAAGCAAAAGGAGGACAUUCUUUUGGGAUUGAAGGAUAUGGGAUACUACACGCUCAUGGCAGGCGACGGCACCAACGACGUUGGCGCCCUAAAGCAGGCCCACAUUGGCGUUGCCCUGCUCAACGGUACCCAGGAGGACCUCACCCGGAUUGCGGAGCACGCGCGGAACACCAAGAUGAAGGGACUCUACCAGAAGCAAGUUGAACUGAUGCAGCGCUGGAACCAGCCCGCCCCGCCCGUCCCCGCCAUGAUCGCCCACAUGUACCCCCCUGGACCCACCAACCCGCACUACGAGAAGGCCAUGGAGCGCGAAGCCCAGAAGAAGGGCGUCACGGUCGAGCAGCUGGCGCGGGCCAACGGCACCAACAUCGAAACGGUCACUUCUCCUGCUGCCCAGCAGCUCAUCAACGCGGACCCCCGCGGCGCCCAGCAGAACCCCGCACAACAGAAAGCGGCCGGUUUGGCCGACAGGCUAACGCAGUCGAUGAUGGACGCCGAGAUGGACGACGAGCCGCCCUCGUUGAAGCUGGGCGACGCGUCCGUGGCGGCCCCGUUCACCUCGAAGCUGCGCAACGUCAUCGCCAUCCCCAACAUUAUCCGCCAGGGCCGGUGCACAUUGGUGGCGACGAUCCAGAUGUACAAGAUCCUGGCGCUCAACUGCCUGAUCAGCGCGUACAGUCUGAGCGUGCUAUACCUGGAGGGCAUCAAGUUCGGCGACGGGCAGAUCACUAUCAGCGGUAUGCUCAUGAGCGUAUGCUUCCUGUCCAUCUCGCGUGCCAAGUCAGUCGAAGGCCUGUCCAAGGAGCGGCCGCAGCCGAACAUCUUUAACUUUUACAUCAUCGGGUCCAUCCUGGGCCAGUUUGCGGUGCACGUGGCGACGCUGAUCUACAUUGCUCGCUUCUGCGAGCGGCUUGCUCCGCGGUCCGAAUCCCCCGACCUCGAAGCCGAGUUCGCCCCCUCCCUCCUUAACUCGGCCGUCUACCUCCUCCAGCUAAUCCAACAAAUCUCCACCUUCGCCGUCAACUACCAGGGCCGCCCCUUCCGCGAAUCCCUCUCCGAAAACAAGGGCAUGUUCUACGGCAUCCUCGGCGUGACGGGCAUCGCCUUUGCCUGCUCGACCGAGCUCAUCCCGGAGCUCAACGAGGCCAUGAAGCUGGUGCCCUUCACCGCCGAGUUCAAGACCACCAUGACGGGCGUCAUGGUGCUCGACUACGUCGCCUGCUACCUCAUCGAGAUCGUCCUCAAGUUCCUGUUCAGCGACCUCAAGGCGCGCGACAUCGCCGACCGCAGGCCCGAACAGCUCGAGCGGGAGCGGGUACGGAAGGCGGCUGAGGCGCUCAAGAAGGCGGAGGAGGAGGAGCGCAAGGCCCAGGAGAAGGUGGCCGAGUUUGAGCGGCGCGUGCAGGAGAAGCAGGCUGCGGUCAGGGCGAGGUUUGGCGUGCAGGCGCCGGCGUGA